AUGAUUGAGAGAUUCCCAGGACAAGCCAUAUCUUAUACAAGCUAUGACAGUGUCCUAGAUGAUAGUGGCAGCGUAUAUCCUACAGAAGUCCUGAAUAAACUAUGUCCAGGUGGAAUGAGCCCUCACAAUCUUGUGCUCAAAGAAAACUGCCCAGUAAUAUUGCUUAGAAACCUUCUGCCAUCUUCUGGUUUAUGCAAUGGAACGCGCCUUAUAUGUAAAAGGUUUUUCCCUAAUUUAAUUGAGUGCGUGAUUUCUAUUGGACAGUAUCAAGGGGAACAUGUAUUUAUACCCAAAAUUAAACUCAGACCAUCAAGUUCUCAGAAAUAUCCUUUCCAAUUUCAGAGGAACCAGUUUCCUAUCAAGCUCAGCUUUGCAAUGACUAUAAACAAGUCACAGGGGCAAACUUUAGAUCAAGUGUUAAUAUAUCUCCCUCGUUCGUGUUUUUCACAUGGUCAGUUAUAUGUGGCUCUCUCACGUGCACGGUCUGCAGAUAAAGUGAAAGUUGUAUCAGUGGCUCCUACUUCACAGCAUUCAGAAAACUCUGUUAAAAAUGUCGUAUCUUAA